AUGGAGGUGAAGAUGAAGAAGUUGAAGUUGCCAGGCCUCACCAUCCCGAAUACCUCAGUUCAAGAGUGCUGGUACCUCAUACCAGAUUCUCCAUACCGUGCCGAGUCAUCGAAACCUAGAGCCGCGAAGGGCGCCUGCACCGUUCCCUUCAUCACGCUCUUUUCCAUUCGACUCCCACUACCCCCAAUCCAACCCAACCCGGCUCAACCCCCAGAACUUCUGUACUACAAACGCGCACCUCGUCAUCAAACGCGCCAACCAGCUCUUCCCCUUCAUGCAGGGACUGUGAAUUUCAGACUGCGAGCAGGUAAACUGAAUACAUUCAUUGUGAAAACUAAUCUGCAGAUCCCGCACGGCUACCUUCAGAUCGAUACCAACGGACUUGCCCUACUCUGCGAUUACCACACACCUACCCUAUCACACUCGGGGCUGUCCAUCCUGGACGCUCCUUCGCCCCCCGGGCAAGCUUCGCCCUAUGUCAAGGAAUUCCGCGAUUCUGCGUGCGCGGCACCCUUAGAGUUCCUCCCACAACACCUCGCGACCUUCCCAACAACAUGGCCGUUUCCACGGGGUGACCUGUAUCACUGGAUCCCGCUGCUCAACCGAUUUGACGACAUCCUUGCCAUGUUCUGCGCCGCAUACAAGCUGGUGGAGCCCCAGACCGAGGACUUUGGAUGUUCACUCUUAGAGAACUCAUUGAAGGAAGCACCGAUCGGGUUAAACUUCGGACAAUACCUGGCCCAAUUUGGAUAUUCAAGUGAAGGAGAUAGAGAGCUUGUGGAGUCGGUUCUGAGAUUCUCGACAUUGCUAAUGCGAAACUGCGGUAACCGGACCAUCUACGCAAGCAGUUCGCAUCUCAACCACGUACUAAAUACAACCUCGCUUUCCCUCAUACAGGUCACCCUGGAGCUGGCGUCGGAAUUAGCACAGCGUUAUAGCGCCGCCUUGAAGCGCACGAAUAUCCCAAUUCGGAACGUCGCAAACAGCCUGCUGACCAGUCACUACAACAUCAACCUGGAGAAGGUUCUGCAACUAGCUCAGCCAUUCUCGAAGACUGUGACCAGCCCCGCAGAACCUGCGCAGCCCGCAACACCUGCCACGCCGAGUGUCAAAGGCAAGGAAAAGGCCAUCUUCAGCGUCCCUUCGCCGCAGAAGGUUGCGUCUGCAAAAGUCUAUGCCAAUGACUUUGCCUCGAUGGUGAAGGGAGGAUCUGGUGUCAGUGGAAGCCCGAAGAGUGUGAAAAGUGGACUCGAUCCUAAAUCAAGGGUCGAUUCAUCUUGGGAGGAAUGGGGCGACGUCAUGAUUAAAUUCGAGACCAGAGCCGAACCAGACAUGAAUGGCAUCGUCAACCCGCCUACACCUCACUCUCCGGCAGUGCCAGCAACUCCGACACCCUCUCGGAGGUCUAACUUAGGACCCCAUGUUCAACAGCGAACCGAUAGGCAAUCGGGAAGCGCCGACUCGCCAGCAACUUUACCCCGUACUUCGACGUUUCCUGCUACUGCGAGCGGCGAUCCCGCUCGUGACCCUUACAAGUACAUCGAAAUCGCUGGCUCGAAGAUCAGAUCUGAUGGCAUGCAUAUGGUCCUGGCUGAGAACAUGUCUGAGCUGAAGCCCGAUCAGCGAUACGAGCUUCUACACAAGCUCCGUGUCGCAAAUGCUCUGUCAACCUCCCUGGAGACGCGACGUCAAAUUCUCGCCAUCAGACUGCUGGCCAUUACGAACUUGAUCUAUGUGCAGUCAGAACAGAGCUUCCUCGCUAACGACUUCAUGAAACAAGACCAGCAGGAGCCCCGUCGAUCACAGCUGAUAUCCCAACUCGCGGAGUUAGUACACCCACCCGCUGAAGGUGAAGUUGCGGUUCCACGACCCAUUCAAACCCUGGCACUCGGCGCAUUGGAUGCACUGGCAGGAAUCACGGACCAAUUCAAGAACGCUGAGGUCUGCGCUGCGCUCAACACAAACGUCAAUCACGGCGUGCUCCUCUACGUGGUCAGAACAGCUGUCGCAGAGCUCAAUACCGAGGACAAGGGCGCCCAACGUGACGACGAUGAUGGGUGGCGCUAUGCUAUAUUCUCGCUGCUGUCCAAUUUAUGCACCAGUCAACACACUGCGGGUAACCUAGUCACUGCAGGACUGAUACCUAUCCUGCUAGAAGUCAUCACUCUACGGACAUCUACCGCCGAGCGAUAUCAGCCUAUGGUGCUUACGUUCCUCGAUUCUCUGAUGUACAGUACGCGCGAGGCAUUUCAGAACCUCGUGAGUGCCGAUGGACUUGAUGCUGUGUCGGACUUGAUGGUGCACGAGGUUGCGGUCGCGGCUAGGACUGCAUCUUCUGGGGCUGGUAUUCCCCUCAAGUACCGCGCCGCAUCAGUCGAUUACGAAGUCGCAUUCUUCCAACAGCAGGUUCUCAAAUGGGUCCUCAAAUUCGUCCAUCAUAUGAUGGCUACUCCGGGUGGCUAUGGUGGGAACUUUGACCGGCUCUUAAGAAAUCUGAUCGAUUCGUCAACCCUCCUGGCUAGUCUUCGUCAGAUCAUUGGCAACGCGCGUGUCUACGGAUCUGUUGUCUGGACCAAUGCGGUUAGCAUUCUGAACGACUUUAUCAACAACGAGCCAACCAGCUUUGCAGUCAUCGCCGAGGCCGGACUCAGUCGUGGUCUGCUCGAGGCUGUCACUGGAACUACCAUCGUAAUGCCACCGGAACUGACGAAGCCUUCCGAGCCAGCGGGUGAAGAAUCUGCUGUUAGCAGCGACAGCGCGGCAGAAUCUGCUGCGACUGACACUCCUUCUCCGGCAUCCGACGAUGAGGGGGCCCGUCGCGACGAUUACGAGGGAUACCAAGUGCUCCCUGUGACGCAGCCUAUGCUUGAGGCUCCGCGUGCGAACUCCUUGGCUCGGGGAAUCAUGCCAACAUCCGAAACCAUCAACAUUGUACCUCAGGCUUUCAGCGCUAUUUGUCUCAAUAACGCUGGUAUGAAAAUGUUCAAGGCCUCUAAGGCUCUCGAAAUCUUCUUCGAGAUCUUCGAGAGCCCGGAGCACGUCAAGUGCAUGGAUACAAAUAAGGAGCUACCAAGUAGCCUUGGCGGCAGCUUCGACGAACUUAUGCGCCAUCAUCCUCCCCUAAAGGAUGCGAUCAUGACAUCGAUUGUGAACAUGGUCGCCCGCGUGGAUCACCUGUGCAAGACGAAGGCUGCAAACAAUAAGGUUGGAGCCAAAUUAUGGACUACGGAUCAGUCGGGAAAGCCUGUCAUUGCGAACGAUCAAAUCACACACGCACUCGUCGACCGCUUCGGCAAGGGCAAGGCCGCUGAUAAUAGCGGUGAUGUGGAAAUGGAGGAUGCUGAAUCGACCCCGACACAAGGUGUAGCAUCAGGCCCUGUCGACAUAGCUUCAACUGUUUCCAUGACCCCUUACAUUACCGCAGUUGCUACAUUCCUCUCAGCCAUGUUCAGCAAUACAUCCGUACGAUCUGACUUCUGCAACAAAGGUGGCCUACCAUAUGUUCUGAGCAUGGCCCACUCUGACUGCCUCUCUUAUGACUUCGCAGAGUCAACUGGCGGCCGCACUUUUAAUCAAGUCAUCUCUUUAAUUGCCGAGACAAAGCCACAUCUGGUGAUGCCAUCCUUGAUCCAGAGCGCCCUGAAGGCUGCCGAGGAUCUUCAGCCAUUUAUCUCCAACACUGGCUCCAGCUCCUUUUUUGCCCCUUUCGUCGAUUCGGAAGCUCGACAAUCGGCCGACGUUCAGCUUCUUGCUCGGGGCACCAAGUUCGUGAAGGCGCUUGUGUUCCUGCAUUCUUCAAUUCCUACGAUGGUCGCAACCUUUCAACCAUCGCCGUACAACCAUCGAAACACUAACAAUGUUUUCUCGCAAGUCAAUGUCUCAGACUACUACGUACGCCUUGUGAACAUUCUAGGUCCCUUGUUAGGUGCUUCCCUGAGAGAAGAGAUGCGCCUGCAGAAGUCCGUACCCGACUAUUGGAAGCACGUCUCCCGUACGAAAGAGUCUGGGUUUGGAGAAUCUCCUGCAAAUGCCAGUCGCGAAGGCGAGACUUCUACAUCUACAUCCGAGGAACCCGUCGGUGGUGAGUCAGCUGAUACCACUAAUACCUCUAGCGUAGCCAUCAGAGAGCCUUCAACAUCUGUAGACCUAGCUGCUGCAAAACCCAAGACGGUGUCCAAAGCCGAGCAAAGCUCACCUUGUUUCAAGAACUACCAGACGUUGAAAUACCUUCUUGGGAAGAUGCCCAAGGUUAUCAAGCCAUUCUUCCAGACCCUUGGCAAGGCAUUGGUAUCAAAGCGAGCCACCGACUCCUUCCUGAAGCAGGGCCAUCUAAGUAUUGCAGAAGCAUUGGCAGAAUCGAUGAUUGGGCAACUGGCUGCAGUUGAUGAUGAGUGUUCUUCGGAGACUUACUCGUAUUGGUCAGGAAUCAUUGCAGUUUUGAAUGACAUGUUGGUCGAAUCUUCUCGUCACAAUGAGCGACCAGUCCAGACUAUCACCAUCGUCCUGCAAGCCUUCAAGGAUCAAAACGGAAUCAAGGCUCUGAAUCAUAUCCUGGGAGAAUUCACUCACUGUAUUCGUUCAUACAAGAUUCCGGAGGGCCAGACCGCUCAGAUUCUCAAGGCAGUGCCGCUUGGCCCAGAAGAGACGAAGGUCACACUUGCUACGCAAGGUACCGAGCGCAUACUUGGCCUCUACAGCCAAAUAGUCAACGGACGGAACCUGACCGAAGCGAUUCAGACCAUGUCUAUGCUGCCUAGAGAGAGAGGACAAGCCCUCCGUGUAGACCAGUUUUCGCCCUCUCAACUUCUGGUUGAGCUUCGCAUGGCUGUUCUUCCUUUCGUCCGCAGUCUUUGGGUAUCUGAUCUGCUUGAGACGGGCCUGAGUGAUAUUGCAGGGAAGCUCAUCGACAUUAUUAGAACCAUUGCACUCGCUGACUGCGAGAGCAAUGCACUGAAGAGAUCCGAUAAGCCGGUAUUUCCUGCUAAACCCGCCCACAAGACUUUGAAGAUCACUCCAGAACACAUGGUGAUCUUGCUUGGAUAUCCCGGUGUCGAUAAAGAAUUUGCAGAAGAGGCCUUGUACCGCUGUAACAAUAACAUUUCUUUCGCCAUGGAUUACUGCAAGCUGUAUGCUCUGGAUGCAUUUCAGCGAAAUCCAGUACCGGAAGGCGAUCUCCCACCUUCGAUCCCUGCAUCGAACCUUUCCUCGAGUGCUCAAACCAGCACUUCAACUGGCGCCUCUACUCCUGUUGAUCAUCACAUGGCAGGAAGUAUCGAAGAUACUGACCAUGGCCUCAAUCAAGCUGCUGUUCCCGGGCUUGCUGCCUCUGUCGCUGCUACACCUCCGAAUCUUGAGGCCCUCUUCACCCAAAAUCGGUCUUCGGUGGCGGAGGCUCCUGCAGAAGUUCAGAAGGGAGAAUCCGCAAUCAAGCGUGUCACCGUCGACGACCUAAACGAAGAGCGAGCUCUCAUUCGAGACGACCUGAUCGACAAGUGUCUUGAUGUACUCAGCGCCCACAACACCUUGACGUUUGAGAUAUCCGAUUUGAUUAGCGCGGUGGUUAAUAAGUCUGAAGAUCCUACCGCGCAACGAAAGGUGGUUAGUGAGACGUUGGUUGUUGCUCUUAUGUCCUUCGCCGGCGAGGAGGAUUGGGAUACCAACGGCGAAAAGGUUGCUGCCUUUGCCAAUCUUCUCGCGCUUAUGCUCCGAGACAAGCUUUUCUUCGCAGCUGCUCUUGACGAGUUGAAAGAAAAUCUUGACAAUUUGCUCGGUUUCAUCAAGUUGGCACCCCGUCAUUCUGCGGAGUGGAAGUCCCCAUGGGUUUCGCAGAUUUUACUGAUUGUGGAGAUGCUUUUGAGCGAGGAUGCCCGACCCCAGAAGACCAAGUGGACUCUGCCCAAGGAUGACAACGAUAAGCCAGACCCACCGGUACUGGAAUUGGCCGAGCCGGUCUUCUCGCCCGCACAGCGAGCCCAGCUUCUGGACUCGAUCCUUGGCAUAUUGAAUCACAUCGGUAAGGACGAAGGGCUUGCGUUAGCUGUUUUGCGUAUUCUGGUGAUCUUGACCCGAAGCCGUCCCAUGGCCCAGUAUCUAGGCGAGACGAAAAACAUCCAGGGCUUGUUCUUACUGGCCAAACAACUUUGUGGUGCCAGCUCUGCUCGCAUUCAAAGUCCGCUGCUGAUCGUCCUACGUCACAUAAUCGAAGAUGAUGAGACCAUCAAGCAGAUCAUGCGCUCUGAAAUCAAGUCGUUCAUGGAAGCCAAUCGGCAAGCACGAGCUCUCGACGAGAAGGCAUACCUCCGCGGAUUGGCUCAUACUGCUGUGCGGAGCCCCAAACUCUUUGUGGAAGUUACCAACGAGAUGGUCAAGUUCAAUCGUUGGACUUAUCAAGUCCAUGAGAGCCGAAGCACCCAAUCGCUGGUCUUGAAGGAAGUUGCUCCGGCGUCACCUUCCAAAAUAGCUGACGAGAGUGUUCAUCCCACUGUCCAGGCUACGGAAGAUCUCUCUAUCCAAGAUGUGAAGGCAUCCACCGAAGCUGGUGAUAUUGAGAUGGCCGAUUUGCCAAAGACAAAUGCAAAUGAGCAAAAGCUGCCGGUGGUAGAAAACCCCGAUGGUGUUAUCCACUUCUUGCUGAAAGAGCUUAUGGCUGGCCGGAUUUUACAUGAGAAGGACAGCGACUCCGUACCAGGCCAGAUCUUUGCCGAUAAGAGUGCCCAAGCCAUCCAUGGUGAUCUGCCAAUGACAAACCCUUCUCCCACAGAGGGCGUACAUGCGGCAGAUGCCAAAGCCGACUCGAAGUCCACCCCUAAGCUGGAUUUUAAGCCCGAGGACCACCCACAUUACAUCUACAGAUGUUUUCUCCUCCAAUGCCUCACUGAACUCCUAUCGUCAUACAACCGUACAAAGAUCGAGUUCAUCAACUUUAAGCGCAGUGCUCCACCUCAAGCCAUGACCCCGUCCAAGCCGCGAUCUACGGUACUCAGCUACCUUCUGUCUGACCUCAUUCCCAUAGGCACAUUGAAGCAUGUCGAAGGUACCGCUUUGCGAAAGAAGCUGGUCACGUCAAACUGGGCCGAUUCUGUUAUCACUGCACUUGUAUGCAAGACAGGAGAGCUACCAGUCGACAAGACCCGCGACGCCUACGACAGUGAUAAUGAACCCGACCUGCUCUUUGUACGCAAGUUCGUCUUGGAGAACAUUCUGAAGGCUUACAAGGAGGCCAGCGCAUCCUCCGAACCUCUGGACAGCAAAUACGCAAAACUGUUGUCUCUGGCAGAGCUGAUGAACCACAUCAUGACUGGAAAGGAGAACCUUGGGAUCCAGGACACUUCGGUCGCCAAUGCAUCUCAAAAGCAGCUGAGACGUAUCAUGUUCGAGAAGGGCUACGUCGCGGCUCUAACCGCAUCUAUUGCGGACAUUGAUCUCAACUUCCAGGAUGCCAAGCGCGCCGUCAAGUACAUCCUGAAGCCUCUAAAGACGUUGACUGCGACUGCCAUUAGUCUCAGCGACCUUGCACUCAUCACUAGUACACCUGGCCAGGCCGAUGAGGACGAGAUUGAGUCUGCAACAUCUCUCUCUGACGAGGAAGAGAGUCGGGAGGAGACUCCAGAUCUUUUUCGCAACUCCUCCUUGGGUAUGCUGGAACCUGGCAGAGAGGAUGAUUCCUCUUCCGAUUCGGACGACGAGGACGAAGAGAUGUACGAGGAUGGAUACGAUGAUGAGAUGGACUAUGAUGACGGUGCCCCAGGUGCCGAAGAGGAUGGUGUCAGCGACGAAGAUGAAGAAAUCGAAGGCAUGGGUCCAAUCGAAGGUCUGGACGGCGACCACGGCGUUGAUGUCGAGGUCAUUAUGGAGGACGAUGAUGAAGACGACGACGAGAUGGAUUCAAGUGGUGCGGAUGAUGAUGACGAAGACGAGGACGACGACCAUGAUUCAGAAGAUGAUGACGGCCGUGUUGAAAUUAUUGACGAAGUCGGAAACAUCCAACAACUCGCCGCGGAUGAGGAGAUCGGAGAGUGGGUGAGCGAUGAUGGAGGCGAAGAAGAAGUUGACGAUGAAGGAGAGGAAGAGGACUACGACGACGAGAUUGCUGGACAAGAGGAUGGCAUGCAUGCUAUUGACAUGCCGGGCGGUCCCAUUGGUCAUCUUGUCCGUGCUCUCGCGGGAGAUGCCGAGGCCGCUGAGAUCAUCGGACGCAUGGAGGCCGAUGGCAUCGAUGCCGGUGAGGAGGAUGAGGAGGAGCAAAUGCAGGGAGAGUAUGCAGAGGAUGAUGAAGAAGAUCGUGGCUUCCCCUGGCCAGAAGACGUCGAACCCCCUGUGGUUCUACAUCGUCGCCCUCGUGGCGGAUUCUCCCCAUUCCCACUGCCCUUUGCUGGCGGUCCUCGUGACCCGCUAGGCGGUACGUUACUCCAGUUAGCACAGUUAACUCAACAGAUGGAGGCCGCUCAAGACCAUCUGGAUCAGCUCCAACUCUCAAUUUCACUACAUUCCGGUGGCAGAAACAGAACUGAUCCGAAUGCAGUACCAGAUUACCGAGGCUCUUACAGAUCACACAGACCUGGUGCUCCAGCAGCUCGCGCCGGGGACGAUGGAAUCAACCCUCUACUUCAACGAAGUGGCCCAGGGGCCCAAAUCCGUGACCUUUCUAGCCGACCUGCGGGAGGCUGGCUGCAAGCGUUCGCUGGCCACAGUGGAGAAAUCUUGGAUAUCGGUGGACGACCGUUCGGUGAGAGCCCCGCAACUGAAGCUCUGCUGGAUGAAGUGAUCAGAUCCUUACCGAUUACGCCAGGCCAACUUGCUCGCAACGGACACGCCUUGCAGUUCCACAUCACCGCCCCACCUGGUCAGCCACUCCCACCUGAUUUCCAAGCCAUGUUCGGUAUGCGUCCACAGAGAUGGGAGUCGUCGAGAUCGACUGUAGUGGAGCCUGGAAGCGCAACUUUCUUCGCCCCGCAGUCAACCAGCGCCCGAUGGUUGGAAGAAGCCAAGAUUAUUUUUGGCUCGCCCACAGCCUUUAUCGAGAGAGCUAAUGAGCUUGCGACCGCUAUCUUGGCUCUCCUUGUUCCUCCUGCCAUCGAGAUUGACAGGGCCGCUAAGGCAGCUGCCGCUGAGAAGGCUCGUAAGGAAGAGGAGGAGAAGCAGAAGCGUGUUGAGGAGGAGAGAAUAGCGAGAGCACAGAAGGAAGAAGAGGAGAGAGUGGUUAGAGAGAGAAAGGAACUCGAGGAACGAGAGGAGGCGGAGAGAGUUGCAGCUGAGGCACUUGCCGCUCGUGGACCCGAGCCGGAAUCAAGUGAGCCUCAAGGUGACUUGGAAACCCCCGAUCUUGAUCGUAUGGACGGCAUCGAGUCCGAAGCCCCCGAACCAGCCGAGCAGGCCGCAGAAGCUGAUGCGGCACCUGCUGCAAAUCAACCAAGAAUCACAACAAUGAUUCGUGGUAACCCGUACGACAUCACGGACUUGGGCAUUGACCCAAGUUUCCUCGAAGAACUGCCAGAUGAACUUCGAGAAGAGGUCAUCAUGAGUGCUGUUGCUGAACGCCGAUCUGCCGCCGCCGCUACUGGUGGUCAGCCAUCGGACAUUGAUCAAGAGUUCCUUGAUGCGCUGCCAGAUGAUAUCCGCGAUGAAAUCAUGCAACAGGAGAGAGCAGAUAGACGUCGUCGCGAGCGAGAACAGCGUAACCGUGCAGCUGCGGAAGCAAAUGGCGGAGCAGGUCCAGCUGCAGUUGUGGAUGCGGAUACCGCAGCUAUGUUGGCUAACCUAGCUCCAGCAUUGAGAAAUCAAAUGCUCGCCGAGCAAGAUGAGGCAACAAUUGCUUUGCUACCUCAGGACCUUCAAGUCCAGGCCCGAGCUGUCGCGGCUGCGCAAGGGGGUCACAGAAUGCCGCCUCGACUGCCAGUUGGUUAUGCACGCAGAGGCGUACCGAACUCGUUUGGCGAGCUUCGUCAGGCUGCUGAGAGACCCCAGCGACGUGCUACUGUCCAGAUGCUCGACAAGCCAGGUAUUGCCACGCUACUGCGCCUGAUGUUCUUGUCACUGCAGGGGUCCCUUCGCACGACAUUUUACACGCUACUCCAGAACAUCUCGAUGAACCGACACAAUAGGAACGAGAUCAUCAGUACUAUUCUGCACGUUCUACAAGAGGGCAGCGUCGAUAUAUCUGCCGUUGAGAGAAGCUUCUCUCAUCUUUCCCUGAGAGCCAAGCAGCCAAAGGAAACCCAGCCAAAGACUCCCCAAACGCCGUCCCUGAAGAGAACUCUCACAAACUUGGGGCCGGUCGCACAAAUAACAUUUGACGUGUCUCCUCUCAUGGUUGCGGCACAAUGUUUGGAUGCACUGGUAACUCUCAGUCAGACUAAUCCGCACGUUCCAGCAUACUUCUUGACCGAGCACAACGUCCCGGCGGAAGGCCUCAAGCGAACCUUUAGCCGGAAGGGCAAGGGCAAGGAUAACAAGGCGGCCAAGUAUGCUCUUAAUUCACUGCUCAGCCUCUUGGACCGCGAUCUCAUCAUGGAGAGUUCGAAGGUUAUGGAACACCUUUCUACGCUCCUGAAUACCAUCACAUCCCCCCUUCAAGGUCUUCAACGGAAGCAAAAGGAAGCCGAAGAGGCCAAAAGAAAGGCUGAAGCCGAUGCCGCCAAGGCUGCUGAGACUGUUGCUCUAGCUGGGACGACGACUACCACGAGUGAUCAGCCCGAAGAGCCAAAAGCUGAAGCUUCUGGUGCUGAGGCAACAGUCACUGAAGUCCCAUGUCAAGAGUCGGCUCCAGAAGGUGGCGAAACUUCCGUGGAUGCUCAGGAUCCCAAAUCUGAACCUGCGAAGGAGCUAGAAAAGCAGAAGAAAAUCGCCUUUUUCAACCCUCCAGUCAUUCCAGACCACAACCUGAAGCUGGUGAUCAAUAUCUUCGUGGCUCGCGAAUGCUCCUCCAAGACAUUCCGAGAGACACUUUCAACAAUCAAAAACCUGUCUACUAUUCCUGAUGCCAAGGCUGUCUUUGGACGAGAACUUAUCUCCAAGGCACAAGGACUAGGUAGCAUCAUCUUGAUUGAUCUGGAGGAACUCCUCCCCCAAAUCGAGAAGGCUACAACCGGUACUGAGAUACAAGGCGUCGCUCUGGCCAAAUUCUCCCCUGGAGGCUCCGACCAGAACAAGCUCUUGCGAGUGUUGACAGCUCUUGACCAUCUCUUCGAUCCUAAGCGUGAGAAGAAGGACAAGCCUACCGAAGCCGAGGCCCAAGGCGAAUCUUUCCAGCUGGUAGAGAAGCAGGAUCUUUUGUCUUCUCUCUACGAGAAUUCUACCUUUGGUAGAAUGUGGGAGCGACUCAGCGCCUGUCUCAGCGCGAUCAGACAACGAGAGCAGAUGCUCAAUGUCGCCACCAUCCUUCUUCCCCUCAUCGAGGCAUUGAUGGUUGUGUGCAAAAACACCACUUUGAAGGAUACGCCAAUCUCCCGUACCCAACAUGGAAAGGAGAUGCUUUUGACGAGCCCACCACCCGAUAGUCAAAUGGAGAGCUUGUUCUACACCUUCACUGAGGAGCAUCGCAAGAUCCUCAACGACUUGGUCCGAAACACUCCCAAGUUGAUGUCCGGUACGUUCUCACUCCUGGUCAAGAACCCGAAGGUCCUUGAAUUCGACAACAAGCGCAACUACUUUACACGUAGCGUUCAUGCCAAGGCUCCAAACAGCCGACAGUCAUUCCCCCCUCUCCAGCUCUCCGUUCGUCGAGACCAAGUUUUCCACGAUUCCUUCAAGUCCCUCUACUUCCAAACAGGCGACCAGAUGAAGUUUGGCAAGCUCAGCAUCCGAUUCCACGGUGAGGAGGGUGUUGAUGCUGGUGGUGUUACUCGGGAAUGGUUCCAAGUACUUUCCCGACAAAUGUUCGAUCCAGGAUACGCUCUCUUCGUUCCCGUAUCUUCUGACAGAACUACCUUCCACCCCAACCAUUCCAGUAGCAUCAACGAGGAACAUCUGAUGUUUUUCAAGUUCAUUGGUCGCAUCAUCGGCAAGGCUCUCUACGAGGGUCGUGUCUUGGACUGCCAUUUCAGUCGUGCUGUCUACAAGCGCAUUCUGGGCAAGGCUGUCUCAGUAAAGGAUAUGGAGUCUCUUGAUCUGGACUACUACAAAUCACUUGUCUGGAUGCUGGAGAACGAUAUCACUGACAUCAUCACCGAAACGUUCUCUACUGAGCAGGACAAGUUUGGUGUUACGGAGACAAUCGACUUUAUCCCCAACGGCCGAAACAUCCCCGUUACAGAGGAGAACAAGCAUGAAUACGUUCGCUUGAUGACUGAAUGGAGACUCACGGGAUCUGUGAAGGAGCAGUUGGAUGAGUUUUUGAAGGGCUUCCACGACAUCAUUCCCGCCGAGUUAGUCGCCAUCUUCAACGAGCAAGAACUCGAGUUGUUGAUUUCAGGUCUUCCCGAGAUUGACGUCGACGACUGGAAGAGCAACACCGAGUACCACAACUACACGGCCUCCUCACCCCAGAUUCAAUGGUUCUGGCGUGCCAUCCGUUCCUUCGACAAGGAGGAGCGUGCCAAGCUGCUUCAGUUCGUUACCGGUACCUCCAAGGUGCCACUCAACGGAUUCAAGGAGCUGGAGGGUAUGAAUGGGUUUAGUCGCUUCAACAUCCACCGUGAUUACGGCAGCAAGGAUCGUCUUCCGAGUUCGCACACAUGCUUUAACCAACUUGACCUGCCGGAGUACGAGAGCUACGAGAGUCUGCGCAACCAAGUCCUCACCGCCAUCACGGCGGGAAGCGAGUAUUUUGGUUUUGCAUAG